AUUUUGCAAAAGCUUAAAUCUACGAAAAACCUUGCGAUUCAGCGUAUUACUUGGUUUCACCUUGGUUUGGCUGGCGAGAACCAUUCAAAAGCUCAACCUCUACGUGAUGAAAGAGAACCAAGCAGGAAAGUUUUCCAUCGAGAUCAUUGAGAAUGUUCGCACAAUCCAGCUGCUUACGCGAGAACGUCACUUCUACGAAAAAUACGAGGAAGCCUCAAAAAAGCAAAAGAGAAAUGAAAUGACAAAAGGCUAUUAUGAAGGUGGGAAAAAUAAGGAGCUCGAUGUUGAAAAAGAUUUCUGUUUAGCUGCAAGCUUCUCUCUUACCCAGACAUUUGUCUAUUUCUCAUUGGCGGGUGCUUAUGCUGUUGGCAUUCCACUAAUCACUCGUUGGGAUUACGAUGUUCAAGCAGUCUACAGAGCUGUGUUCUCUGUGCUUCUGUCGUGUCUGGCCAUGAUGAACUGCUCCACUUUCUUCCCUGAGUUCACCAAAGCUCGUACAGCUGCAGGAAUGUUAUUCAAUAUGAUCGAUAGAAAAUCUAAAACUGGUGAUAUUAACAAGGGUAUCGUGCAGGAGCUCAGAGGAAACAUAUUCUUCGAAGGCGUGCACUUUUCCUACCCUCAAAGGCCUCAUCAACCUAUAAUGCGUGGACUUCAGUUUACCGUACAGAAAGGCCAGACCGUAGCCAUAGUGGGUCCAUCUGGAUCGGGAAAAAGUACAGUAAUAUCGCUCUUAGAGCGAUUCUACGACGCAAGUGCUGGAACGAUUCGUUUUGACGGACAAGACAUUCGAAAA